UUCCCUUAGCGUGCCCGUCCGACCUCCACUUGAUCCGACCCCCACAAUGGCGCGCCAUCGCCAAGAAGGGACGUCAAGAGAUGCGAUGUGCGAGGACCUCAUUCCACUGCCAUUAUCACUGCCAUUCCCAUUGCCAUUACCACUGCCGCUGCCACUGCCAGCGAGUUUGGCUGCACUGCACUGCGCCACCGAAUUUCACCCAGGCCUCCCUCCUGGGCCUCCUCCUCCCCCUCCUCUCAUUCCUCCCAUUCCUCCCAUUCCUCCCCGCCCCUCCUCCUCCCCCUCCUCCUCCUCCUCCCUCUCACGGGCAGAAAAGCUCGCAGCCGAGCUGCCUUGGACCGACCGAGUCUCUGCAUCUGCAUCCGCAUCCCACGCUGGCCGUUUCCUGCGUUCUCUGCAGGAACCGUUCGCACCCUCGUCUUCACCCACUCCGUCGCCUGCCGCGGCGCCAUUGGCGGCGAGAGGGAUCGCCCACGAGGACAUGAUAUGAGCAGGGUCGUCACGUUGUGAAGUCUUCACUUCAAUACCCGCAAUCCUAUCUACCCAUGCUGAAUCUGACGCCCCUUGCUGGCUUCCCUCCGCCUGAGCAGUCAGUCCCAUGGGCCUACAGGGGCGCCCUGUGUAGUCGUGACAACGGCGAUGCGUUGACCCGCAUAAAACUGGCUGCCCAGGCACUGGAGCCCAAUGAUUUGCGCGAGGGCGUCCCAGCCUCGAUCUCUCCGCUCGUCCCCUGCCACUUCUCUGCGGACGACAGACGCUGCCC